CUCGAGAUGAUUGCAAAGGUAGUCAUGGGAGGUUUGGUCUUCUCCAUGCUCGUGCGCUCAUGGGUCACUUUAUGGCUUCAAUUGCCACAGUCGCCAUCUGAUCAACACUGCUGAACACUCCGCGGCGGUCAUCGACAAUGGGGAUUUUCUUUUGCCCCCGACUCCGCGCGUACUGGAAGAAACCAGACCCGCCAGGAACGGGGCCUGCGUACCCACUGCAUCCAGUCACUUCGCCUCCAAAUGGAGCUGUGGAAAGUGGUCAGGGUAGUGCUCAAUUCACCUCCAGAGAGGAUGCCGUUCGCUUCUCCUCCUCUAAGACCUCCGCCGGUGGCUUAUCGGAAAAAUUACGCAAGCGAUUCUCGAGAGAACACAAAGGCCUCCAUGAAGCCCCCACGAGGGCCGCGAGGAAAUCGGGAUCCCCUACCUUGCGCGAUCCGUCGAGAUUUGCCAGUAAACGGCUGGACACCAUCUCCCCAGUUGGUUUUGGAAGCAGUUUGAUGAGCGAGAGGGGCUAUGACAGUGACGCUCAGUUCAUCAGCACCCCAAAACAAAUCAAUCGCACGCCAGAUCGCUUGGUCGCGGAAAAUCUCGUACACGAGACAACCUCGCUGUCCAAGCUUCAAUCUCGUGGGGACGGAAGGAACGGUCAAUCUGCCCCAGGCAGUACAUCUGGUGUAUCGAAUGGAGACUCGGUGAACGCACCUGGAGUAGACCAGACUAUACUGGAAGGAACACGAAAUCCUUGGUCUUCCAUGGACCAGGCAAUCUGGGCCAUCCAUCCGACACCAACGCCCCCUUUCUCCCGUGUGGGAAGCAGUGCAAGCCGUCGGGUCCAAGCCGCACAACCUUAUCAUGCUGGGUUCAUGACUCCGAGGUCAACAGAGUGUGUGCCAUGGGACAAGCAGGAUGGAUACUCUUCACCUUCUCCAGUUGGGACCCCAAAGCUGUCAAACCCCCUACAUAGCUCUCCAACUAUCCCCGAGGGCAACCAUUUUUCGUCCUCGGGAUGUUAUGAGUAUCGCUCGAGAACUCCAGGCCACGCCUCCCCGGUACCAACGCAUUACACGACAUCUAUAGACUCGCUAGCUGGGCCCUCAACGGGGCUUUCGGUUAGAAAGAGAAGACAACAACCUCCAUUGUCUGCCUCCGGCAAUGCUUCCGUUCAUCUCGAGGACAUGGAGAUUCAUAGGAUGCUUGCAUCUCGUACAACCUCUCCUCGGGUUCUCUCAACGAAGCAAUCCUUCGAGGGAAAUCCAUGGGCUAGUGAUGUCAGGCUGCGGAAGCCAACGCAACAGCUUAUUGAUGAUGGCCCAGUGGCGGGCAAAGGCAAGGCAAGAGACGUAAGUGAACCGACAUAUAGGCCCUUUCCACACCAGACAUCUUCCUGCUAUUCUCGACCAGACAGCCAGUAUUCGGCUGGGUCCAGAAUAUACUUGGGCAAGGCAGAAAUAGCGCACAACACGACGCCGGUAGAGAGACAAUCCCAAAGAAGCCUUCAUCCUACUCGAGACUGCUCACCCCAGCUGCUGGAAGAUAUAGCCAAUGCUGAGUCUGCGAGUUCCAGACUCGUCCAUGACAAUACGACUAGUGCGCUAGCCUCGUGCGGCAGAUUUGUAGAACAGAUUCACUCGGACCUUUCAGUCGCUUCGUCAAACAUCAGCUUUCCAACUAACAUUGACGCAGAUCUUGUAUCGCCCCGGAAAGUGAGCGUGGGCUGGAUGUCUGGUGGACGGCGUCUUGGCUAUGGGUACACAUUAGUAUCCGCUGCUGAAGAAAACGACAGGCCCUCAAAAGAACAGUCCGGUCCAUGUGCGAUCAACGGUUCAAGCCAAGACGCGACACCGGAGACUGAUACGCAGACUGAGAAGGCAACCCUUGUCGAGGACCAGCCACAGCAGCAGGAUAUAACGUCGCUUUCGAAGAAAGCAGGAACUGGUCUCGAUAUCUCUUCCAUCAUUGGCCACAUCAAUCUUCGCAGUUGGUCCGGCGCAACUAAUGAAACUGCAGGCGAUGAGUCACUAAAGUCCUCUCUUCUGGGGAAAUUUUCAAAAAGGAAGAAGGAUCACUCCGACCCAGAGCCAUCAGCUGGCGCAAAGGACCCUUGGGAUUUCUGCGCCUGGGUCGAUCCUAACCAAUCUCCAAGCGAGCAACAGCCCCCACAAGCGAGUCCGUCGGCAUCCAGUAUGAGCACAGAAGGACGCGGGAUGUCUCUGGGAAGAUGGUCGACUCUGCGUCGCACCGGAAGUCUAUGGGCCAAGGGCCGCAGUAUGUCUGCGAUGGCGCGCGACCUGGAGGCCAAAGCAACUGCCAAGUUAAACGCAUCGGCCGGGCGGUUCCCAGUGAUACAAAAGAAAGACGGGCGAGCUAUGAAAUUCCGGGUCUUGGAUCGUAAACGCCGAGCACAAACAGACGAGGAUGGUGAGCCGAUGGUUCCUCUUAAGCAAUGGCCCGGCGGAAAGCACAAGUCUUCUCACGAGGAAGAUGGACCAAGCAGUCCCAGCGUAGACCCGGUUCGCAAGCAGUUCUCGGAACAGACUGGCUCGACUGUAGUCACUGAUGGCUGGGAAAGCAACUAUCAGGAUUGUGAGGAGAUCUUUUCUGUAGGUGAGUGAGUCGAUGAGUAUGUAACCUGUGUGCUGGGCUCGAGGGCUUGAAGACAAUUCUAUUGGUAGUAAACGCUUUGUAUCGAAGACUCGGUGGGCCUGCUUCAGGGCAGACUAGUCAACACUGACCAUGGGAGAGAUAUGACAGGGUUGGAUUGUUGUGUAUUGAUAUCUCGGUUUGUGGCGAGCAAGAAUGCAUACGUUAGACAAGACGCUGGGGAUAUUCGCUUUAUACAUACCAGAUGCG